GAGUGCUUUACCGCAGUAUCACUAUAUUUCUGCACCACUCAUCAAAACUCUGCGGCAUGCAGACAAGAGCUGGGGGGGAGGGCAGAUUCUAGGUCUGUGUUGAGAAUAGUGUCGCUACCUCUGUCCAUUAGUACCCAUUUUCUGUUAUUAGAUAGGCUGUGCGGUAGGCAAUAUAGCACAACGCCGGUUUUCCCAUCCUUUUAUUCCUUUUCCCUGCAGCAUCCGUUUUGUGCGUUUGUGUCUUCUUUUAACUAGACCUGUUUGAUAGCCUGUUACUGCUCUGCCUCCCAGAGCCACGAUCAGAAGGAUCUCUGUGUUGUCUGGCUAAUUAUUUCAUCCCAGCUGCAUAUUACAGCACCUUAGAGCGCAUUUAGCGGUCAGUUGGAGCCCGAGCUUAUCAGACAAAAUGGCAAAGGAUGCAGAUAAGAGCGACUGGAAGGACUUUAUAUGGAACCCGAGGACGAGGGAGUUUCUGGGCAGGACGGCGAGCAGCUGGGGUCUUAUCCUACUCUUCUACCUAAUUUUCUACAUAUGCCUGGCUGGGCUGUUUGCUCUCACCAUGUAUGUUAUGCUGCAGACCUUGGACGACCACAAACCAACCUGGCAGGAUAGGUUGUCCACACCAGGCAUGAUGAUCAGACCUAAAGGGGACGAGUCUCUCGAGAUUGUCUACAGCAUCCAGAAUACUGAGAGCUGGGACAUGUAUGCUCAGGCCCUGGACAGGUUCCUUGACCCCUACAACAACUCAAUCCAGGUUGAGAAGAACGACGAGUGCACCCCAGACCAGUACUUUGUGCAGGAGGACAGCGGCGAUGUGAAGAACAACCCAAAGCGCUCAUGUCAGUUCAACCGCACCAUGCUGAAGGAGUGCUCUGGAAUCAGUGACCGUUACUAUGGAUACCAACAUGGCCAGCCAUGCAUCAUCAUCAAGCUGAAUCGGGUGAUUGGGAUGCUGCCAGGAAAGAAUGGACAGGCUCCAUAUGUCACCUGUGGGGCAAAGAAAUACAAAGUUGGCAAAGACGAAUGGAAAGAAGACGACAUUGGAGAACUAUUGUACUUCCCUCCCAAUGGCACUUUCAACCUAAUGUACUACCCUUACUAUGGCAAGAAAGCUCAGGUGAACUACUCUCAGCCUUUGGUUGCCGUCAAGUUCCUUAACAUCACUGUCAAUCAAGAUGUCAACAUUGAGUGCAAGAUUAAUGCCAACAACAUUCCCAUUGGAAGUGAGAGGGACAAAUUUGCCGGACGAGUGUCGUUCAAGUUGAGGAUCAACACUAAUUAAACUAGGCCGACCCUUUUCUCCCCUGAAAACCACUUUCUUCAUUCUCUGCAACAAUGUGCACACACAGAAACAAAUCACAGUAUUUGCACCCUUGGCCUGGUCUGUAGAAUUUGUUUACAAUCCUCAAAAGCUGGGCAUUUUUUAUUUUUUUGCCCUGCCGUGCGAUGAGAUAAGGCAAGAAUAAAGGGUGGUAAUCCUGUCAUUAUUUCUGUCUGUUAGCUUUGGGACAAAUUCUUUUCUGUAAAUUAGUUUGAGGUGACGUCUAUUUAUACUGCAUGACAAACUAGGGGAUAUAAAGGGCAUAAACGUGUUUUCAGAGUUUGUGAGGAUCAGCAACAUUACCACUUUACUGCUGCUCCCCUCUUGCUGCCUCCUUAUAGAGUAUCCCUCUAUAUAUGAAUAUACACAAAGUACAAUACAAAAUGUGUAUAUCUAUUUAUACGGUAUCAUAACCUUAUAUCAGUAUGUCUUUUUGUUGCACUUAAAAGAAUAAUCCAACAGACUGGCGUAUAAAAUAUCUUGAUGGAUGGAUGCAGAGAUGAAGCCAUUUUGCAUGUGUGUAUUGUCUUUAGUGUGCUAUGAGGGCAGGAGGCCUUAUGUCCCACCUCUCUGCUAUGUGUGAAAUGAGGUUAUGUUAAACCGCUGACCACCAGGAGGGACGGCGCUGCAUUGCAGUGAUCUUCUACACGUCACACACAGCCCCUGUGUGUUUCAAAAACGACAUAGAUAGGCAUUAUAAGAUAGGCAUCUCCAACAAUGGGAGAUAGAGAUCAAAACCUUUAAGUUUGUGUAUGUGUGUGUGUGUCUGUGUCCACAUGUGCGUGUAAAUCUGUGUGUGUGUGUGUGUGUGUGUGUGUGUUCCAUUUACAGGUCCAAUUUCAUGCUGUAGGUCGGGAAAUUGCAUGCAAUGUGCAAUAUUCAUUAGGUGACAUACAUUAUGAAUAAUCAUACAUCACAGUCAUUACUUGAUUCCGUUCUUUAAAAAAGACUUUUGUUCCACACAUGAUAUUUACCAGGUUCUUUGGCCUGAGAGUAGCUGAUAAAACAAGCGAGAUACAUGGUUUGGUUCACUGGUUAUGAUCACAUUACAGCCAUUCUUAAAAAAAUGACCUUAAGUGAACAACAGCACUUGAUUUUACACUAAGUGAGGAUUAAUGGGAUCCAUUUGAAACGUAUCCCUGUGACUUCCAUCCGUUUAAGUGGCUAAGCUUGGCUGAUGUUUGUGGUUUUGUCAGAGAACUGUGCCAUAUUCUCAGGUUUCUCCUGGCUGCACUCAACCCAAAGAACCAUCUGGAAAUCAUGUGGAAACAGCAAGAAUUAUCCUCCUGCUGCACAAUGAAGUUACAUUUCUUUUCACUGUGUCUGUCAUUUUAUUCUUAACAUUCGAAACAAGACAGUUUAUUUUGUCUCAAUAAUUAAUUAAAGUACUCAAAUAUUUAAAGCUUUUUUUUUUUGCAUGUAUUGCAUCUAUUUCAUAUGUCUGUACAUAGCAGAAAUAGAUGCUGUUGUCAUAUUUUUUUAUUGAUUUGCACUGGAAGUGUUUUUUUUUUUUCCUUUGUUUUUGUGAAGAGUUAAAUUAUUACUUGUACAGCUUUGGAAAUGAGGAUCUAGAAAGUGUUUGUUCAAUUCAUACUCAUCAUUAUCAUCCUCUAAAGUAUUUGUCCAGGAUAUCAGGUGUGUAGAUUACAUCUUCUCUUCAAGGUCACUAGAGUCUUGAAUAUGUGAAGUGCUAGUGCAUCCGAAUUUUGAAAUCUUGCUGUGUAGGCCCGUAGGAAAUAAAAAAAACUGGACAUUUGUUUCUUUGACAACAUAGAUAAUUACCUUUUUCACUGAAGUUGUUGGGUUUAGGUUUUUUGUUUCUUUGUAAUAUUCGCCACGGUUGCAUGACUUCAAUCAGGGUGAAGAGAGAGCUUGUAAUGAUAGAAAGUCCGCCAGCUUGUCCUAUACCAACCUUUUGACAGUUUGCACUUGAGCAGUUUACAUGAAAUGAAAGUCAUCGUGCAGCAUAGGUGAAAAUCCCAGUAAGCCCCUCUUGUGAUUGGUGGGAGAUUGUGUACAAGCACUUUUGAACUGAGGCACAUUACCUUGGCGUGGCUGCAACGACGCGAGCCAGUAUGACUGCAAUCAAUCAUGUCAUCGCAAACAAAUUCAAAGAAACAAUCAUCUCCUUGCUCAUAUUGAGGAUUAGAUUGACAUCCACCACACAGUUUCUCUCAGAGUAGUGUGUUUCUCAGUAUUCAUACAAAUUCCCCCAUUAGUGUCUAAAUGGUACCUCGUUAUCUAAUCCAGAUUUGAUAGAAAACAGUUGGUGUGGUCUAAUGCAGUUGCGUGGUCCACAUUUAGUGGAUAAUGUAUUUUUUUUUCACCGUGAGAGAUUCCCCCCUUGAUGAACAGCUAUGUGGGAGUCCAUUUUGCUGUUUCUCAGCUAUGGAUUGACCCGUACUCAUGGACUUCUCCUUUGGCAUUCCUACAACACUUACUUAAUUUCACUGUAAUCUCUUAAUCUGGUUGGCUAAUCCUGAGCAGGCACACUUUAGUUCUUUACCCUACUUUGUCGUUCCUUCUCCUUGGGUCAAACCCUUAUUUCUCCGCCAUCUUCUUCGGAAAUUAUAUUUUUCAAAAUAUAUGCCAGUAAAAGAGAAAGUUGAUUAAUCCCACAGUAAUUUACACAAAUUAUUCAAAGCAUUUAAUCCAUUUUUUUCCCCAGGAAUUAUUAAAAAACUUGUCUAUUUUUUGGUGAACAUAUUCUGAUUUAUAGCACAAGAAUAAAGUUGUCUUAAUUGCCUAAUUGGACAUUGUUGUUUUUGUUUUUUUUAGUUUUGUGCAUGUGAACAUUGUUCAAAUUACCCCCAACCAAAGAUCCUCGUGGCAAUUUAAAAGAUAUAUUUAGCUACUGUGCUGCAAUGACACAUCAUCAACGACUGAUUUGAGCAAAAGGCUCUCAGGCAAUGAUAGAUUCCAGGUGGACUGCGAUAGAUCCCAUGUUGUUACCAGGCCUAGUCUUAUGUAAUAAUACGCACAAAAAGAACAGGUUUCACUACAAAGAUAACAGUGCCUCCUGGUGGACAGACUAUGUUGUUCCCCAGUGUCACAGAAUGUUGUUUCCUGUUAUCUCCAUUUAUCUGUUUCUCUGUGAUAAUUUGGAGAUGUCCUCAAAAAGCAAUAUCUUUAUUUCUUGUGUGGCUGUAUGAUGUAUUUAUUGGAAAGGCUGUAACAAAUUCAGUGCAACGUGAAUCAUCAAGAGAAAGGAAGAAAAAGGCAAGAACACAUAAAUAUUGCAUUCAGACAUAAAAUAUGUUUUGCCAAUGUGCAUUUUCAAGAUUGAUCAAUUAAAAAAAUGUUUUAUUUAAAAAAAAAGAGUAUUUUUAUUGCUAUUUUGUUGUAAAGAGGAAAGAAUGUAUUAGCUUGGAUUGUAUCAUGACAAGGGAGUUACCUGGUAGGUUUUCAUCGAUAGAUUCAGCUUUCUGAGUGACAAAAUAUAUUAACUUUAAGGUUUAACAUGAAGCUUUUUUUUUUUUUUCAAAUGUAGAAAUUAUUUUCUCAUCAUUUGAAUCCUUCCCACUCUCUUUGAUUGGCCAACUUGCCACAGGCAAUUGAUCGUUUGCAGUGAGAGCUCCAUCGCAGUCACUGCUUAUUGGCUACUGUUUCAUGGUGAACACCGCAUGUGUGUAGAUGAUGGGGUCUAUUGUACCGGAAUUAAGACACAGUCAUUCACAAUAAUUUGAUUAUAUGGUGAAUACAUUAUUUGGCUGCAAGAUAUUAACUGUGUUUCCCCCAGUGCUUUUCACAGAGUGCAAAACAUCAAAAACCUUUUUCAGGCUUAACUUUAAGGAGGCCGAUACAAACGACGGAGUGAGCUCUCCAUGUUUCAAAUUAGGAAAAAUAUAGCUGACCUCAUUACUACCCCACCAACAACCACCCACCCCCCUUCCAAACUUACUAUUGCCUAAGACUGUGGUGCAAGGAUAAUUCAAGAAAACAGUGAGAAAGUAAUCCAUGAAAUUUGUUGGGAUAUUCUCACCCAAAUGGCUGAUGAUUCUAUUCUCUUUGGAUCUUUAUUUUUUGCUGUUACUGUAUGUAUAUUUUUGCUCAUGUUUACUGCAAAAAGAAAAACAUAGAGAAAUUAAUAAAUGUCAUUUAAGGGAA